AUGUUGGCUUUCAUGCAGGGAGGGCCUGCUCUGGACCAGCAGGCCGAGUUCACGGUUAGGUGUGGAGAAGGAGAGAGCCCAGCCCAAGGCAGCGGCAGGGCUCAGCCCCUCCCGCUCAUCAGCCCUCCUGGGUCCACACGGUUCCGCAGGGUGCCGUCCCCUGCUCAUCUGGCAUCAAGGCCAGGUGCAGAGGACCUUUUGUCAUCUGAACGAUCGCCCCGUUCGGCGUCUUUCCAGAUCGGACAGAUGAGCAACGUGGAGCCGGACGAUGAGCUUCUGGACCCAAAUAUGGAUCCCCCUCACCCUUUCCCCAAGGAGAUCCCGCACAACGAGAAGCUCCUGUCCCUCAAGUAUGAGAGCUUGGACUAUGACAACAGUGAGAACCAGCUGUUCCUGGAGGAGGAGAGGCGCAUCAACCACAUGGCCUUCCGGACAGUGGAGAUCAAGCGCUGGGUCAUUUGUGCCAUGAUAGGGAUCCUCACGGGGCUUGUGGCCUGCUUCAUCGACAUCAUGGUGGAGAACUUGGCCGGCCUGAAAUACAAGGUCGUCAAGGACAAUAUCGACAAGUUCACGGAGAAAGGGGGGCUGUCCUUCUCCCUCCUGCUGUGGGCCACGUUGAAUUCUGCGUUCGUGCUGGUCGGCUCCAUGAUUGUUGCCUUCAUAGAGCCAGUUGCUGCUGGCAGCGGGAUUCCCCAGAUCAAGUGCUUCCUCAACGGGGUGAAGAUCCCCCACGUGGUCCGGCUCAAGACGCUGGUGAUUAAAGUAUCUGGUGUGAUCCUGUCCGUGGUGGGAGGACUGGCGGUGGGAAAGGAGGGGCCGAUGAUUCACUCGGGCUCCGUGAUUGCUGCUGGGGUUUCCCAGGGGAGGUCAACGUCACUGAAGCGAGAUUUCAAGAUCUUUGAGUACUUCCGCAGAGACACGGAGAAGCGGGACUUUGUCUCGGCAGGAGCCGCGGCUGGAGUGUCUGCUGCGUUUGGGGCCCCUGUGGGCGGGGUCCUCUUCAGCUUGGAGGAAGGUGCCUCCUUCUGGAACCAGUUCCUGACGUGGAGAAUCUUCUUUGCUUCCAUGAUUUCCACCUUCACACUGAACUUCGUCUUAAGCAUCUACCAUGGAAACAUCUGGGACCUGUCCAGCCCCGGCCUCAUCAAUUUUGGAAGGUUUGACACAGAGACGAUGGUGUACACGAUCCACGAGAUCCCCAUCUUCAUUGCCAUGGGCGUGGUGGGUGGUGUUCUUGGGGCUGUGUUCAAUGCCUUGAAUUACUGGCUGACGAUGUUUCGAAUCAGGUACAUCCACCGGCCCUGCCUCCAGGUGAUUGAGGCCAUGCUGGUGGCCGCUGUUACAGCCACUGUCGCCUUUGUGCUGAUCUACUCGUCCCGGGACUGCCAGCCCCUGCAAGGCAACUCCGUGUCCUACCCCCUCCAGCUCUUCUGUGCAGAUGGCGAGUACAACUCCAUGGCUGCCGCCUUCUUUAACACCCCGGAGAAGAGCGUGGUCGGCCUUUUCCACGACCCCCCAGGCUCCUACAACCCUAUGACCCUUGGCCUCUUCACUCUCGUCUACUUUUUCCUGGCCUGCUGGACCUAUGGGCUGACAGUGUCUGCUGGCGUCUUCAUCCCGUCCCUGCUCAUUGGGGCUGCCUGGGGUCGGCUCUUCGGCAUCUCACUGUCCUACCUCACCGGGGCCGCAAUCUGGGCAGACCCCGGCAAGUACGCCCUGAUGGGAGCAGCUGCCCAACUGGGUGAGUCCUGUCUGCCACGUGGGCAACCCAAGGUCAGGAGGGGCAGGUACCUCAUGGAGCUCGAAGCCUUCUCGUGGCUACUGCAUCCAGCAGCUUCCUGCCUGUUGAACUUCAUUUCUGCUGUGAAGAGAGGCCAUUCAGGAACCCCCAGGGACACAUGGUUUGUGACCCUGUGGCCAACAGUGGACGAGUGUGUGCUCUUCCACAGGGAGGUGAUGAGCACGCCGGUCACCUGCCUGCGGAGGAGGGAGAAAGUGGGCGUCAUCGUGGAUGUGCUCAGCAACACGGCGUCCAAUCACAACGGGUUCCCUGUGGUGGAGUCCACCGACGAUUCCCAGUCAGCUCGGCUCCAGGGCCUGAUCCUGCGCUCCCAGCUGAUUGUCCUCUUGAAGCACAAGGUGUUUGUUGAGCGGUCCAACAGGGGCCUGGUACAGCGGCGGCUGAGGCUGAAGGACUUCCGGGAUGCCUACCCACGCUUCCCCCCUAUCCAGUCCAUCCAUGUGUCCCAGGAUGAGCGCGAGUGCACCAUGGACCUCUCUGAAUUCAUGAACCCCUCCCCCUAUACGGUGCCCCAGGAGGCAUCUCUCCCUCGGGUGUUCAAGCUGUUCCGGGCCCUGGGCCUCAGGCAUCUGGUGGUAGUGGACAACCACAAUCAGGUGGUCGGGCUGGUAACCAGGAAAGACCUGGCCAGGUACCGGCUUGGGAAGGGGGGCCUGGAGGAGCUCUCACUGGCCCAGACGUGAGACCCUGGCCCUGGCACCUCACCUGGGGUCCUGAACACGCUCCUCGGGCGGCAGCAGAUCUGUUGUCCUCAGACCUCGGGAUGGCCCAGCCGAUGUGUGAGCGUGACCAUCGAUGGGCACCUUGUCAGUGUUCCCCACCCUCCCCCUUGCCUCAGCCCCUUGGAUGUCACUCUCCAUCCUCCUGUUUCUUCGCCCUCAGGGAGCAAAUGUUCAUGCAAAUGCUCGCUUCCUCAGAGCCAGCGAGAGGUCGCGUGUGCAUGUGUGCGUCUCAGUGUG